UCGAGGAGUGCAACAAAUUUCUCCUGGCCCAGACCGGCGGCGAUUCACUACACGCCAGACAUCCCUGCUUGGGAUGAUGGUCGGCAGACUGUACAGGACCAUGAGGGACCAGAUGAGGCACUUCCACUUGAGGCGAGGAGAUUGGGGAGAUCAGUCCCUCUCCGAUGCCGAGGUGGACGAUUGCAGGGGGGACCGCGAGACCGAGCGUUGUGCGGCAUGGUGGUUUGACCAUGGACGUGCCCACCCUGAGUUGCGCACCAUCGCCAUCCGUGUCAUGCACUUGUGGACGUCUGCCUCUCCAGCGGAGAGGAACUGGGCGCAGCACGAGCGCAUCAACACGGUGAGGCGCUGCAAGCUUGGGUUUGCCAAGCUUGCACAGCUGGUUGAGAUUGCCACCAAUCUCAAACUGGCCUCGUGCGCACGGCAGGGUGGUGGCUACGUGUUGCCAUGGGUUAUGGAGACCGGUCGGGAGGGGACGGCGGGAGAGGACGAGGAUGAGGAGGAAGACGUGGAGCCCGAGGUGUGGGGAGCGCGACCUGCUGUCAGUGUUCCCGAGCAGGACAUCCAGCGACAGAUUGUCGCUUUCCAUGACAGCCGACCGUCCAGAGCCCAUUCGGUUCAGGACGUGUUCGGCAAGAGGGCGAAGGAGCUGCGACCGUGGCCGGAGGGUGGGGAUGAUGCGGACGCUGAUGCGGGAGACGACGACAUGGACGACCAGUGGACAGACGACGGGUCAGGUGGUGGAUGACACGACGACGGGGAGACCGCGGGUGAUGAGGGGCAGGAUGUUGUCGUGGGCGGUGGGUCCCCUCGUGGAGGACGUGGCGACGGCGAGACCG